AUCCUCUUCUUCCUUCUCCAAACAGCAGAGCAGAGCAUGCAUCCAUCCAGCGUGUCUCAGCCAUACUGCUUCCUCUCUUCUCCAAGUCAUCUACACAUGCCUGAUGCAUCCCCUGUACAUACUGCUGGGGUUUCUCCUGUUGUACACUCCUUCGUCUGGAGCUGCAAAUGAUACUCUCACGGCAGGCCAAGCGCUCGUUGUUGGAGGCAAGCUCGUCUCAAGAAAUGGCAAGUUCGCACUUGGCUUCUUCCAGCCCGCAAGCACCAUCAGUAAGUCCCACAACAACAGCUGGUACCUUGGCAUAUGGUUCAAUAAGAUCCCAGUUUUUACUACUGUGUGGGUUGCCAAUAGGGAGGAACCCAUCACCGACCCUCUAACACAGCUCAAGAUCUCAGGCGAUGGCAAUCUUGUCAUCGUAAACCAUGCCGGUACUCAGUCUGUAGUUUGGUCCACUCAAAUUGUCAAUAGGAGACAAACCAACAUAAACACCACUAGUGUCGUUCUCUUGAACAGCGGAAACCUUGCCCUCACAGCGAGUCCAUCAUCUGACAUACUGUUGUGGCAGAGCUUCGACUACCCAACAGAUGUUCUGCUUCCUGGCGCCAAGUUUGGCCGGAACAAGGUCACCGGUUUGAAUAGCCUGGCCAUUUCAAUCAAGAGCCUCAUUGAUCUGGGUCUUGGAUCAUACAGCAUUGAACUAGACAGCAGUGGGGUUGUCCUCAAGCGCCGCAACCCCUCGAUUGUGUAUUGGCAUUGGUCAUCCUCCAGAACAUCGUCAUUGAAACUUAUACCAAUACUCAAGUCGAUCAUAGACUCAGAUCCACGGAUCAAAGGUUUGAUUGACCCAGCAUAUGUUGAUAACAAAGAAGAGGAGUACUACAUGUACACUUCACCAGAUGAAUCUUCCAUAUUUGUCUCACUAGACAUCUCUGGUCAGAUAAAGCCGAAUAUUUGGUCGCAAGCCAAACAGUCUUGGGAAAGCAUAUAUGCUCAACCGGCCGAUCCGUGCACUCCGUCUGCUACCUGUGGACCUUUCACGGUCUGCAACGGCAAUGCACAACCACCCUGUGACUGUAUGGAGAGGUUCUCUCACAAGUCACUGCAGGAUUGGGAGUUAAGCGAUCGAACAGGAGGGUGCAUCAGAAAUACACCAUUACAUUGCACUAGUAAUGAAAACAUCACAAAUUCAACAGACAUUUUCCACCCAAUUGCUCGAGUUACAUUGCCCUAUAGCCUGCAAAGCAUAGACGCUGCUACCACUCAGAGCAAAUGUGAAGAAACUUGUCUCAGUUCCUGCUCCUGCACUGCUUAUUCCUAUAACAAUAGCAGAUGCUCUGUCUGGCAUGGGGAAUUGCUUAGUGUAAAUCUGAAUGAUGGCAUUGAUAAUACUUCUGAAGAUGUUCUUUACCUUCGCCUUGCCGCCGAAGAUCCGCCAAGUUUGAGAAAAAAUAAAAGAAAACCAAACGUUAGAGCUGUUGCUGCUGCAAGCAUUGUUGGUUUUGGGUUGCUGAUGCUGAUGUUGUUGAUACUGAUUUGGAAGAACAAAUUCAAGUGGUGUGGUUUGCCAGUAUACGACAAUCAAGGUAGUGGUGGGAUUAUAGCCUUUAGAUGCUGUGAUUUAGUUCGUGCUACUAAAAACUUCUCAGAAAAGCUGGGAGCAGGGGGUUUUGGUGCUGUAUACAAGGGAGUGUUAAGUGACUGUGACUCGACUACUAUAGCAGUGAAAACGCUUGAUGGUGCCCGUCAAGGAGAGAAGCAAUUCAGGGCUGAGGUGAGCUCAAUUGGACUGAUCCAACAUAUCAACCUAGUUAAACUGAUUGGCUUCUGUUGUGAGGGUGAUAAAAGGUUACUUGUGUAUGAACACAUGUUAAACGGGUCUCUUGAUGGUCAUCUAUUUAGAAGCAAAUCUGUCCUAAAUUGGAAUACCAGAUAUCAAAUAACCCUAGGAGUUGCUAGAGGACUGUCUUACUUGCAUCAGAGCUGUCACGAAUGCAUCAUACACUGUGAUAUUAAGCCGGAAAACAUACUUCUGGAUGCAUCAUUUGUUCCUAAAGUCGCGGACUUUGGGAUGGCAGCAUUUGUUGGAAGGGAUUUUAGCCGACUUCUAACUACAUUCAGAGGAACUGCCGGUUAUCUUGCCCCAGAGUGGCUCAGCGGAGUUGCCAUUACACCAAAAAUUGAUGUUUAUGGCUUUGGCAUGGUACUGAUGGAAAUCGUAUCAGGAAAGAGGAAUUCAUCUGAAACAUUCACUAGCAGCAGUUAUGAUGCAGAAUAUUUCCCUGUGGAAGCCAUCAGCAAGCUUCACGAGGGGGAUGUCCGGUGUUUGGUGGAUCCACAGCUAAAUGGUGACUUCGAUGUGGAACAGGUUAAGAGGGUUUGCAAAGUUGCGUGUUGGUGCAUCCAGGAUAAUGAGUCUGAUCGGCCUACAAUGGGUGAAGUGGUCUGGGUUCUCGAGGGUCUUCAGGAGAUUGAUAUGCCCCCAAUGCCAAGACUGCUUGCAGCUAUGACGGCACAAUCUGAUGAAAAUUCAGUGUAAUAAUCCAUAAGCAUUUCAUAGUCGCUUCUACCAUUUACUGUUUCAGCAAACUGUGAACUUGUAAUGCGGAGCGUUUCCAGAACUAUUUUAAAGUUGUAAUGUGGAGUGGAAGGAAUCGAGGUAGACAAGCUUGCAGUUAUUUAGGUUUCUUAACAGGCAAGCAUUGUAGCAACAUA